CGUGACCUAUGCCGGAAGUGCAGGUGGAUCUUCGAGUUGCGCUCGUGGAAUGUAGAGCGUCAAUUUCACACAAUAACAGACAGAAAUCAAGCAUGGCCCUCAACAACAAUCACUCUGAAUCUGGAGGUGUUAUCAUCAACAACAGCGAAAGUGUCUUGAUGUCCUAUGAGAAUGUGGAGCUGGUGUUCAGUGACGCAGAACGCUUGCCAGAAGCCUUCAGAAAAAGCAAGAAGGGAAGCAUCUACCUGACACCUUACAGGGUGAUCUUCUUGACUAAAGGGAAGGACCCCCUGCAGUCGUUCAUGAUGCCGUUUUAUCUUAUGAAGGGCUGUGAGGUCAAACAGCCAGUACUUGGUGCCAACUACAUCAAGGGCACGAUCAGCGCCGAGCCUGGAGGUGGCUGGGAAGGUUUUGCAACCUUCAAGUUGAUUUUUGUUGCCGGAGGAGCGAUUGAGUUUGGACAGUGCAUGCUACAGGUGGCAGCACAGGCAUCCAGAGGGCAACCGGUGACUGUAAACUACGGCUGUCCUUACAUGGCAAACGGGGCGUUCGCUUACCCUCCUCCUCCUCCUGCUAACGGCAUGUAUUCGGCCGCACCACCUCCGCCUGGAUACGCCUACCCUGGACCUCCACCUCCAGGUGGAUUUUACCCCAACCCUCCUGGCUUUGAUGGACCAGCAGCCUACAUGCCUCCUCCGCCGUAUACAGCUCCGAUGAACCACGCUGCUCCGGACCCAGACCUGCCCAGAACCCCCGCAGCCGAAGCAAAAGCAGCUGAAGCUGCAGCGAGUUCCAGCGCGACUACGUUUGCUCCGACACGGGUCUACCUGCCCGAGGACAAGCCUCCACCCUACUCCCCACCUGAAGACAAGAAGAACCAGUAGACGUGUCUGCAGCGAGCGCACAUCCUCUCCUCUCUCUCCAUUCCCUUCAUCUCAUCCUCUCUUCCCCUCACAUCUCCAGUUAAACGCCCCGCUGCACAGACUCCCGGUGAGGCUGCACGCAGUGACCGGGGGCUCCAGCAGGGGGCGCAGUGCUCUGCAUUAACAUGACCUGGCCUAUGAAGAGAGAGACACAUGAAUAAAAUGACUUUAAUGAAUUCACAGCUGGUGAAUGAGAGGGACCGACUGUUAGCUUUCUAACCGAUUUCUAAAUUUGAAAAUGAGUAUAUUUAGGAGACAUUUAUGAGUGGUUAUGUAUAGAUCGAGGUUUGAAGUAUUUUGCUAGUUGCACAAGAGUUAAGGCCCAAAAACAUUGGGACGUUCACAUUAACAGCUCUUUCGGCCGUUGUUCAUUCUCGACUGCUGCAUCCAACGUUAUUAGAUGGAAGAUCGUUGGUUGUUGCCACUCACCUGUUACUCAACACUCAAGCAGUCGCUUAAAUCUGUCUUUGAAACGAAAAGACUUCCUGAUGCUUAGAUGCUGCAAAUCAAAUGCAAACGCCCUUUCCUGCACAUUCCGUCAAAUGCAUCACUUAAAGGAAUAGCAGAAAUUACUCAGCCUCAGGCCAUCAAAGAUGUAGUUGAAUUUGUUUCUUCAUCAGAUUUGAAGAAAUGUA